CUCAGUACUUGCAAAGCCAAGAAGACGAAAUAAUUUGAGGGAGCUGAAAGUGACUUUGAAAGUCAUCAGGACUUGGUCUCUUCUUCUUUUUUUAAUCAUGGAGAGAGAACCUUGUCCCUAUCGUAUCGUCGACGAUGCGGGCGGUGCUUUUGCCAUGGGCACCAUUGGUGGUAGCAUGUUUUCUGCCAUCAAAGGCUUCAGAAAUGCACCUCAGGGAAAGAAACUGUCUGGAGGUUUAAAAAGCGUCAAAGCCCGUGCCCCUGUGUAUGGAGGCAAUUUCGCUGCCUGGGGUACCAUAUUCUCCACAUGCGACUGUACCCUGAGUGGAAUUCGGCGGAAAGAAGACAUGCUCAAUCCCAUUCUCAGUGGUGGCAUUACUGGUGCUGUGCUAGCUGUCAGAUCUGGACGUGGUGCAAUGGCGAGAAAUUUUGUUGUCGGUGCCGUUCUUCUGUCAGUCAUUGAAGGUGUCAGCUUGUUCAUUCAGCACAUGGCGGCGCGCAAUAUGAAGCCCGUACAACCUCAGUUGCAGCUGGGAGCACCCCCUUGAGCAGGGAAGCACAACCUCUCUUUUUUUUUAGGCUCCACCAUGUUAAUUUAAUGACUCUCAUCCAAUGAAUUGCAAGAUCAUUAUGAGAUGGCAAAAACAAAAAUUAAAACUGAGAAAACAA